CUUUUCCUCACUUUAUCUUAACAAAUAUAUUCCUUCUUUUUCCCUCUCUCUAUCCUGUAAGGGGAAUUAUGCCAUGUAAUUGUCCUGUAACUUCAAAACCCUACUCCAUUGAGCCAAAACAGUAUAAGCUUCGAAACGGCACCGUUGCCCUAUUAAUGAACCGUUGAGAUGAUGAGAUCACCUCAGGUUCGAAACGGCGUCGUUGAGACUCCAUCGCCGUCGCACUUCCAUUCCAGCGUCUCCGUACACAAGCUCAGGCGGUUCAACAUUUGGAUUGUCGUCUUCCGGUUUGCUUCCUUCUGCUUUUCUCUUGCCUCCGCUAUCUUCAUGUUCACCAAUUCUCAUCGCGGCGCCGAUUUGCCUCAGUGGCACCACUUCGAUGCUUUCAGGUUUGUGGCUGUUGCUGGUGCAAUUGUUGCAUUAUAUUCACUCUUCGAAGUAGGAGCAUCCGUUUGGGAGAUUUCAAGAGGCGCUACUGUUUUCCCUGAAGUCGUUCAAGUUUGGUUCGAUUUCGGCCACGAUCAGGUUUUUGCAUACCUGUUGCUGUCGGCGGGAUCGGCGGGAACGUCGUUAGCUCGGACUUUGAGGGAGAUGGACAUGUGUACGGUUAGUAAUGCAUUCUGUGUGCAAUCGGAUAUUUCAAUAGCCUUUGGAUUCGCCGGAUUCAUGUUCCUGGGCUUUUCUGCACUCUUGUCGGGUUUCCGGGUUGUAAGUUUUAUUAUCAAGGGCUCUCGAUUUAAUGUGCAAAAUUAAAAAUGUAAAAUAUAUUAAUAUUUUAAAAUGAUUUUUUCCUUUUCGUUCA